AUGUCCGCCCAAUUCGACCUCCCAACGUCCUUCGCCAGCUGCUCCAUCGGCCUCCCGCACCAUACCCUCGAGCAAAAGCUAGCUGCCAUCUCCUCCGCCGGUUUCACCGGCAUUGAGCUCGCCUUCCCAGACCUCCAGACCUUCGCCGCGCGGCACGCCCACCGCAACAUUGCCGCAGACGAUUACCCCGCCCUCUGCAAAGCCGCCACCGCCAUCCGCUCCCUAUGCCACGCGUCCAAUCUCGCCAUCAUCGUGCUCCAGCCCUUCUCCAACUUUGAAGGGUGGCUCGAGGGGAGCCCGCAGCGCAAAGAGGCCUUCAGCCGCGCUAGGGGAUGGAUCGACAUCAUGGACGCCCUCGGCACGGAUAUGCUGCAAGUCGGCGCGUCCGAUUCGCCCGGCAUAUCGGCCUCCGUGGCGGAGUUGGCGGCCGACAUAGCGGCGCUGGCGGAUCUGCUGGCCGAGAGGGGUUUCCGCCUCGCGUACGAGAAUUGGUGCUGGGCCACGCGGGCGCCGCUGUGGCGGGAUGCGUGGGAGGUUGUGCGAGCCGCGGACCGGCCCGAACAAGAUCAGGGAGUUGGCCCGGACGAGCUGCGAGAGAGAUACAGGGCGAGUUGGGCGGAACUGGCGAAGACAGUGCCUCCGGAGAAGGUGUUUUUCUUGCAGAUCAGCGAUGCCUAUCUCAUGGGUCCGCCGCUGAAGGAUAGCAGUGACGAGUCUGGGACGAGACCUAGGGGGCGCUGGAGUCAUGAUUAUCGGCCGUUGCCGUAUGAUGGGGGAUACUUGCCGAUUGUGGAGUUCUUGGAGGCUGUUUUGAUGACGGGGUUCCGCGGGUGGUUGAGUGUCGAGGUGUUUGAUGGUAGGUUUGAAGCGAAACACGGGGAUGACCUUGGUGGAUAUGCGAACAAAGCAAAGGAAGCUGUCGACAGGAUGUUGGAUGAGAUGGAUCCGGAGAAGGUCACGGGCGAGCUUGUCUGA